UCGUCACAGGACGAACACUCAGCGACGAAACUUCGAAUGAAGCUCAUCCAAAUUCCGUUUUCGCUCUUUCAGGUGUUGCACUUUAUAUUGUCAGCUGACGCAGGUUGUUUGGGGUGAUGGAAAGUGUUUAAAAAAGAAAGAAAGAAAGAAAGAAUAAAACGACGUGAAAAACUUUUUUUUCCCAGCGCUUUGUUGGGGUCAGUAACCUGUGAGGGAACAGGCAUAACUGGGGAAAAAGUGCUAUACUGUUAUUUAUCGACCUAACAACGUUCAAAUAUUUUUGGGCAUUUAUUUUUCACCAAAGUGGACCAAAUGCAACAUCCCUGUUCAGUUUUUAAGGACUACCAGAAAUUACCAGUACCUCUGCUUUCAAAGGAGACAGAGGAGUUGUUGCCAUAAGAAAUCAAGGGAUUAAAGAAGGAAGACAGGACGAGGAGACUAUCUUCUAUAGUUGCCUUCUCCCUCCUAUUCUACACAGAUGCAUGCUGAAAAAGUCGUCAAAGAGGGGAAGAUGGGGAACCGGGAGAUCUCGCUCACCUGUGUAGUAACCCCUUGCCGGCUGAUGAGGGUGUGUGUGGUGCUGAUGACUUUGGGAGCCAUUGGCGCAGCAGUCUGGGCCAUAGUUACGUAUUGCACUGUGGAGGAAGACGCAGGAUACUACGAUGUCCAAGUAAAUUCUGCUGACCAACAUCUCAGAGUCUUCGACUCCACUCAGAAGAGGUGGCGUCAGGUCUGUUCCUCCUCAGCCAAUGGGCUGCUGGCUAUCGUCAGCUGCGAGGAAGUGGGCUUUGUCAGCGUGGUGAAUUACUCCAUCACGUCUGUGCAAGACGUCGGCGGUGACGGUGGAGACUUCUUCUGUGUCAGAACUGAAGAGCUGACCUACGGCAAGAAAAUCAAAGACUCUUUGUUCCCAUGCGACUGUGAGAGCAAGGAGGUUCUCACAUUGUUGUGCCAAGACUGCGGCAGGCGCAAUUUUGCAGAAGACCGUAUAGUUGGUGGCGUGGAUGCGAGGCAGGGCAUGUGGCCUUGGCAGGUCAGCCUACAGUAUGAUGGAGUUCAUCAGUGUGGAGGUUCCAUCAUUUCAGACCGCUGGGUUGUCUCUGCAGCUCACUGCUUCCCCAAGCGUAAUGGCUUUGUUAGUCACUGGCGUGUGUUGUUGGGCUCCAUCUACAACAAACCAGCCAAUGCCAAUGUGGCGGAAGUGAAAACUAUCGUUUACCACAGCAGCUACCUGCCCUUUGUGGACGACAACAUUGACGACAACAGCAGGGACAUUGCUGUACUGGCCCUUGCCAAGCCCAUCACCUUCAAUGAAUACAUCCAACCCAUUUGCCUGCCAGCGUACGGCCAGAGACUGAUAGACGGGCAGAUGGGCACAGUGAUAGGCUGGGGGAACUUAGGAUACUCUGGUCAUCAAACAGAUGUUCUACAAGAAGUGAACGUCCCCAUCGUCAGUGAUGCGAUGUGUAAUGCGCCCGAUUACUAUGACAACCAGAUCACUGCCAGUAUGUUCUGCGCUGGCUUUGAGAAGGGAGGUGUGGAUUCCUGCCGGGGAGACAGCGGCGGCCCCUUUAUGGCAGAGGACCGCUUGUCCAAAACCAGCCGAUACCGUUUGCUGGGGGUGGUGAGCUGGGGAAAAGAAUGUGCCACGCCGAAGAGGCCCGGUGUGUACACCAGGGUGUCCCGAUUUCUGCCCUGGUUGUCGACUGCCAUGAGGAACUAUAACAACUCACCAGGGAUUCACAAAAUGGCACGGACAUGACUUUUGCACCCGUGUUUCUCCACCUGUUUCCCUCACUAAAGAGGAAAUAUAAAUGUUCUUGAAGUCCUCUAGUUUCAGUUCCUGAUUUUUUAUCUUUACUGUGAACCCAUAUAAAUGUUUAAUUAUCUCUUAUUAUCACUGUUAAAUAUAUUCUAGAAGUUAUCAUUUAUUUGCUUAGCUUGCAUUAGUAUUAUGGACGAUUUUAGAUGUUGUGUUGUGUCUUAUUGCUUAGAACAUUAUGAUUUGUAAAUCCCUCCUAUUUCAAAUAAAUGCAGGAGCGAGGGGGGGGAUUGUUUAGAGCGUGUUUAGAGGCUGUGAUCUGAACAAUCUCCCAUACGCCCUCCUCAUGAGAAAAAGAAA